CUGAGCUGUAGCAUGCAGUCGGAAGAGGGCACGGACUGGCUGCUGGAGCUGCUCACCGAGCUGCAGCUGCAGCAGUACUUCCUGCGCAUCCGCGACGAGCUGAACGUCACCCGCCUCUCCCACUUCGAGUACGUCAAAAAUGAGGAUCUGGAGAAGAUUGGCAUGGGCCGCCCCGGCCAGCGGCGGCUGUGGGAGGCUGUGAAGCGGAGGAAGGCCAUGUGCAAGCGCAAGUCGUGGAUGAGCAAGGUGUUCAGCGGGAAGCGCCCCGAGUCAGAGCUGCCACCCCAGCCCCAGAGCACCUUCCGCAAGCCCCCCACGCCACCCCCGCUGGAAGCCAGUGGCCAGCGCUCCCUGACCUGCCUCAUCAGGGAGAGGGACCUCUCUCUCUUCGAGAAGCUGGGCGAUGGCUCCUUCGGUGUCGUGCGCCGCGGCGAGUGGUGCACGCCAGCCGGCAAGACGCUCAACGUGGCGGUGAAAUGUCUCAAGACGGACGUGCUGAGCCAGCCAGAGGUGCUGGACGACUUCAUCCGCGAGGUGAAUGCGAUGCACUCCCUGGAUCACAAGAACCUCAUCCGGCUCUAUGGCGUAGUGCUCUCCCACCCCAUGAAGAUGGUGACGGAGCUGGCCCCGCUGGGCUCUCUUCUGGAUCGUCUGCGGAAGAACCAGGGCCAUUUCCUCAUCUCCACGCUGUGCCAGUAUGCCAUCCAGGUGGCCAAGGGCAUGGCCUACCUGGAGUCCAAGCGCUUCAUCCAUCGUGACCUGGCCGCCCGCAACAUCCUGCUGGCCUCCAAUGAGCUGGUCAAGAUUGGGGACUUUGGGCUCAUGCGGGCCUUGCCCAAAAAUGACGACCACUAUGUGAUGCAGGAGCACCGCAAGGUGCCCUUUGCCUGGUGUGCUCCUGAGAGCCUGAAGACACGCACCUUCUCCCACGCCAGCGAUACCUGGAUGUUUGGGGUGACCCUCUGGGAGAUGUUCACCUAUGGCCAGGAGCCCUGGAUCGGCCUCAACGGCAGCCAGAUCCUGCACAAGAUAGACAAGGAGGGCGAGCGGCUGCCGCGGCCCGAGGACUGUCCCCAGGACGUCUACAACGUCAUGCUGCAGUGCUGGGCACACAAGCCCGAGGACCGGCCAACCUUCGUGGCCCUGCGGGACUUCCUGGUCGAGUUUGCCCGGGAUGAAGGUCCUGGAACAGAGGUAGCUCCCCACAACAGAGAGCCCGGGCUGGCGGGGGGCUCCUGGGAAGAGGCCCCCCGGCUCUGUGCGCAGGGGAGGACCUACCUGAAAGCCCUGUGGACCCGGCACCGCCUCCGGCAGAGCUUUCGUGGCGCCCUGCGCCCGUGGUGCCAGGCGGCCGCGGGCCAGGGCACCGGGUGCCGUGAGGGGGUUUGUGCCGGGGGACUCAUCCCCAGAAUGCUCUGGAUGGAUGAGGCUGGUAAGUGGGUGGCUGGUCCCCCGCCACCGUGGGCUUUUCGCCCUCCCUUCCCACCCUCCGUAACAAGGUCCUUUUUAUUCCUUAGGGCCGAGAAUUACUGGUGGCGGGGUCAGAAUAAGCGGACACUAAAAGUGGGCCAGUUCCCCCGAAACACGGUGACCUCGGUGGCAGGGCUGUCGGCCCACGACAUCAGCCAGCCGCUUAAAAACAGCUUCAUCCACACAGGCCAUGGAGACACCAACCCGCAGCAGUGCUGGGGGUUUCCCGAUAAAAUUGAUGAGCUCUACCUGGGAAAUCCCAUGGACCCUCCUGACAUUUUAGGUGUGGAAUUGACUGCUGCCAGACCCACCCAACUCCCUGGAAGAGCUAAAAGGCAGCCGCCUCCGCGCCCGCCUCAGCCUGCCAUCCUGCUUACGAAGCCCUCCUACGACCCGGUCAGUGAGGAGGACGACGGGCUCUCCGCAGGCCUCCGGAAGCUCUGCCUGAAGAAGCCGGGCCCAGGGAAGGGCCUGCGGCUGGCAAAGCCCUCGGCCCGAGUGUCGGGCACCAAGGUUGGCGACCGGCAGCCCGGGCAGGUGCCGAGCGAGGGCCCGCCGGGCGGCGAGGUGACACUCAUCGACUUUGGGGAGGAGGUGCCCUCGCCGAGCCCGUCGCCUGUCGGGGAGCUCCCGCCCGCCUUGGUCUCCAAGCUGGUCAUGGAGGCCUGUUCACUGCUGGACAAGACGCCCCCGCAGAGCCCCACGCGGGCGCUGCCCCGGCCCCUGCACCCCACGCCUGUGGUGGAUUGGGACGCCCGGCCCUUGCCGCCGCCGCCGGCCUACGACUACGUGGCGCAGGACGAGGACGACUUUGAGGUGUGCUCCAUCAACAGCCCCCCGGGGCGGCGGGGCAUCCGUGCGGGACUGCCCAAAGCCCGGGAGCGCGGCGAGACCAACUACGGCUUCGUGGAUGAGGGCGACAGGGCUGCGGCACUGGAGGACAACCUCUUCCUGCCCCCCAAGGAGGCCAAGCAGCCCAGCCUGACACAGACCACUGAGAUCUUCGAGGAGCUGCAGCAGGAGUGCAUGAAGACCAUGGCUCUGCAGGUGGGCUCCCCGCAGCAGCGCGCCACGCUCUGCUCCUACCUCUCCACCUCGCCGGGGAAGCCCAUGCCCACCACGCAGAGCUUUGCCCUCGACCCCAAAUACGCCACCCCGAAGGUCAUCCAGGCGCAGGGGAAGGACUGCCCCAAGGGGCCCUGUAUCCUGCCCAUCGUGAAGGAUGGGCAGAAGGUCAGCAGCACCCAUUACUACCUGCUGCCCGAGCGCCCUGCCUACCUGGACAAGUAUGAGAAAUUUUUCAAGGAGGCCAAAAGCCCCGAAGAGGUAUCGGCUUCCCGUGUGGUAACCACAGCCACCGUCCGGCCCAUGGUGCAGCAGCAGCCCGACUACAAAGCCAACUUCUCCUCCAACAACAGCAAUGCUGGUCCCAAGUGUCUGGUGAAGGCUUCCUGCAGCCUCCAGAAGAUCGUCUAUGAUGGGCCGGAUGGCUACCGCCCCCCUGAGAAGAUCCGACUGGUGCAGGACAUGGUGCACGGCGUGACCACGGAGGAGUGCCUGACGGCGCUGCAGAGCCAUGGCUGGAACGUGCAGCGCGCCAUCCAGUACCUGAAGGUGGAGCAGCUCUUUUGCCUGGGGCUGAAGUCCCGUGUUGAGUGCCACCGGGUGCUGGAGAUGUUCGACUGGAACCUGGCACAAGCCAGCUCCCACCUCCUGGAUCCCUGCAGCGCAUCCCGGCAGAAGCGGUGACAGCGGGACCUGGGUGAGCUACGUCGGAUCUGGAGUAGGCAUCUCGCCAUGGAACCACCGCGCGCUGUGGCCACCCCUAUCCACACAACCUGCUGCUGGACUCUAGCCUGAGCCCUGCCUGGGGGACAGAGGUGCCCUGAAGUGGAGCCUGCCAAGGGCUUGGGACUUGCCAUGCCCCCCAUGCCAGGGUGCCCCUGCCCUGGCUUUGAAGAUGGUCUCCGUCCCCCAGCCCAUUGUUGAA